GAAGGGGAUUUCAUCCUGGUCGAGUACGUUGGGUACGCCAACGUGUGGCACGAGCGCUUGGUGGUGCUCGCGCCCGACGGCUCGAGCCUGGCGUGCACCCUCACGCCGGACGACGACAGCUACGAGGAGGACCUCUUCGCCGUCGCUGAAGUGCGGCGCUGGCUGCCGUGCGAGGGCGGACGCAUGGGAGCGUACCCUCCAGCGGCUGCUGGGAUGCACGUGCACGGCUUCAGGGGCGUCCCCGCGCCCGCGCGGGUCGCGCAGGUGCUGGCCGCGGGAGCUGCAAGGAUGGGAGUCGCCCUCGGCGCUGAGGACACGGUGGUGCCCAACCUGGUCGGCGCGGCAGGCGGGGCCCGCCCUCGGCCUGGCGCCGCUGGCAUCGCGCCGGCCGGAGGCGCAGCGGCAGCGGCGCUCGCCGCUGGUGGCGUGGGGCCGCCCGCUGGAUUGCUGGUGGCCGCCCCCCCCGCGGCGCCCGCCGCCGGGUUCGGGGGACCCGCCGUGGCGGCUGGGGUGGCUGGCCUGGCCGCCGCGCUCGCUGACGGCCCAGCGGCGCCCGGGGCAGGCGCCCCAGCGCUGGCAGGCCCCCCGCCGCCGCUGGUAGCGGCGCCCGCGGCUGCAGGGCCAGCUGCCGCCGAAGGCGGCCGUGGGGCCGCGGCGGCCGCGGCCGCGCCCGUGGAUGCUCGCAUCCAGCCCGUCACGUACGACUUGCAGGGCCAGCGGCACGCGGACUACCGCAGCGCGGUCAUGGGCAUGACCGAGGGCGCAUUCCCCGAUUGGCCAGUCAGGGGGCCGCGGACGGCGCUGUGGGUCCUCAAGUUCAUGGAGGCUCACGGCGGCACUCCAACGGGCCGCCACUCGCGCUGGCUCUCGGAGACGCGCUUGCAGGGCACCGAGCCUGGCGUCGACGAGCACGAGCGGGCGUGCAGGACCCUCGAGCGCAUGGUGAUCUACGACCAGCUGAAUGUGGCGAAUCUCGCCUCGGGCGAGAUGCUGGCCAGGUCGGAGCGCGACUUGGCCCGCAAGAAGAAGGGGACCAGGGGCGACAAGGGCUCUGGCAAGGACUGGGCCAACGACGCCAUCGACGUCAUGAACGCUGUGUGUGCCCCUGAGGCCCAGCCGUCAGCCCUCGGAGUUUCUGAAGGCCAGCGGGCGUCUCUCGCGCACAUCCAGUCCACCUUCGCCUGCCUCGAGCCGCUGGCUGAGGGCGAGGGCUUUCCCGAAGGAGCGCUUUCGGAUCUACUCUCUGGCUCCCCGCUGUGCGCCACGGGGGGGCCUCGCCGACCCUGCUCGCGGGACCUGAUCUCGUGGCCCGACGUCGGCGACGACCCCGUGCCUCUCACCAAGGUCGUUGCUGGCCCGGACGCUCAGUGGCUUAGGGCAUGGAGCUCGAGCAUGCUGCGUGGUCGCGAGGAGGCGGACGCCCUCCUGCAGCAGGUAUGCCCUCGCGGGCCGUAUGUCGACCCCAACCUUGCCUUUCCUCCGGCGACGGUCGCCGACUUCCUUGCUGAGAUGUUGAAGCGGAAGAUGAUUUGCUUCCAGGCGGAGGACCCUCGUAUCAAGCCGAUUGGAGUCUUCUGCGUGGCAAAGAAGAGCAACCGUCUGAGGCUGAUCUUUGAUACUCGCACUGCGAAUGCGUACUUCACGGACCCCCCAGCCACCACGCUGCCGAGUGCUGCCGCCUUCUCGAACCUGGAGGCGCCAGGUGGCAGGGUGGUCGUCGCGGCAGGAGACAUCGACAAUGCCUUCUACCGGCUGCUGAUGCCCGAGGGCUUGUGCCGCUACUUCAGGCUUCCGCCGAUCGACAGGCGGCACCUGGAGGCCCGCGGUAUCACGGGGCUCCCCGACGCCGCCAGG